AUGCUGCCAGUCGGGCUGGUCAUUCUCAACGGCAAAGAGAGACCCGUAUCCAUCAACCAGCGAUUCCACGAUCUUCACCCAAACAGCACCGAUGACUUUGCUGGCUGGCUGCACUCUAUUCAUCCUGACGAUCGUAAACACGUCGAAGCUGCCUACCACGAAGCAAUCAAAUCCAAAUCCGCACUUCGCAUCGAGUAUCGCGUUCAGCACGAAGAGGAAAAUCUCUGGCGUCUGCUUCUCCUCAACCCUCUUGACCAGGGUCGUCAUUUUGAUCUUCCCCCACAAAACGGAUUUGUCUGUACCGUGGUGGACAUCACGAUCGAGAAGAACGCCGCCUUAGCACACGCUAAGGCGGCAAAGGAGGCCAAGGAAGGAAAGAAACAGCAGGAGCAAUUCAUCGACAUGAUCAGCCACGAGAUUCGCAAUCCGCUUUCUGCUAUUCGGCACUGCACGGAGGAGAUCAUGGACGGGGUACAUGGCACGAAUAACGAAGGCAAGGUCGACGUGGAGGAAAUAGUUCAAGCAACCGAUACUAUUAAUCUGUGUCUCGUUCAUCAGAAGAAAGUCGUGGAUGAUGUGCUUUCCUUCUCGAAACUCGAUGCAUCGAUGCUGACUCUGUCGCCACGCAUCGUCCGGCCAAAGGUCGAACUGCCCAUCGCAGUCAAGAUGUUCAAGCCAGAACUCCGGAAACAGGGCAUCCAGUUUGAGUACCGACUCGAUUACUCCUAUGUCGACUAUGGCAUCGACUGGGCCAUGGCGGACAUCACCCGCAUCAGCCAGGUGGUCAUCAAUCUCUUCUCCAACGCAAUCAAAUUCACCACCAAGAAGCCUGGCGAGAAGAAAAUCGCCCUCUCUUUGGGUGCAUCUCUGAAACGCCCAUCGUCAUACCCACCCAACGUGGUCUUUUUCGACUCGGAAGAUUCCGCAAUACGCCUCGAUGGAACCAACCGUCCAGAAUGGGGCACAGGCGAAGAGGCAUACAUCAUGGUCGCCGUCAGCGAUACAGGAAUCGGGAUCAGCGACGAAAGCCAGCGCAAACUUUUUGAACGGUUCAACCAGGGCACAGCCAGAACGGAGGUCGAUUACGGCGGGUCAGGACUUGGUCUGAAUGUCUGCAGGAAACUGUGCCAUCUGCACGGGGGAGAAAUCGGGGUUAGCUCGAAGAAAGACCAAGGCAGCACGUUUGGGUUCUUCAUCAGAGUUCGUCGGAGUGAAGGGCCAGCUGCGGACGAAGUGCGGGAUCAGGAUGGGUUUGGGAUACGCGAACUGUGCAACCAGAUCGGGGCUUUGGGGCAUGAGACCGUCAAGCCUGAGAAGCAGAAACGGGAUUCGCCGCCAAUGAAGCCGAAACUGACGCGCUCUUCGGACGUGAUGCCGAGUGCGAAGAACGACGAGCGGACAGAGCAUACGGCAGGGAUUGUCCAGCACGAGAAGUCAGACGAUGCAGGAAUCGUGUAUCACAAUCCGUCUGAAACAGACAAGAAGUUCGAUGGACGGCCGCAUAUUCUACUCGUCGAGGACAACAUGAUCAACCAGCGAUUACUGUCACGCAAGCUGAAAUCCCUUGGCUUUGAUGUUUCCGAGGCGAAUGACGGUCGUGAAGCGCUUGAAACUGUGCAAGGUGGUGGGUUUGCGUGUAUCCUCAUGGACAAGGAGAUGCCGGUCAUGGAUGGCAUCAAAUCCACCAGAGCUAUUCGAGGUCUGGAAAAUAAAGAAAUCGCAUCCGUCCCUAUCCUCGGUCUCACGGCAAGCGUCAGAGAAGAACAUCAAGAUGAGAUGGAACAAUCCGGGAUGACAGGCGUCGUUCACAAGCCAUAUAGAACAGAAGAUCUGGUGAAGCGGAUCAGGCAGGUAAUAGACCACUAA